GCGGAAUCACCGAGUCUGUAGAAACAUGGACAGUCAAGGCAGGAAAGUGGUGGUGUGUGACAACGGGACCGGGUUUGUGAAGUGUGGAUAUGCCGGCUCUAAUUUCCCCGAGCACAUUUUCCCAGCUCUGGUGGGGAGGCCGAUCAUCCGCUCCACCGCCAAAGUGGGGAACAUCGAGAUCAAGGACCUGAUGGUGGGCGACGAGGCGAGCGAGCUGCGCUCCAUGCUGGAGGUGAACUACCCGAUGGAGAACGGGAUCGUCAGGAACUGGGACGACAUGAAGCACCUGUGGGACUACACCUUCGGCCCCGAGAAGCUCAACAUCGACUCCCGAAACUGCAAGAUCCUGCUCACGGAGCCGCCCAUGAACCCCACCAAGAACCGAGAGAAGAUCAUCGAGGUGAUGUUCGAGACCUAUCAGUUCUCGGGCGUUUAUAUCGCCAUCCAGGCCGUGCUCACUCUGUACGCUCAAGGUCUGCUGACGGGAGUCGUGGUGGACUCUGGGGACGGCGUCACUCAUAUCUGUCCGGUGUACGAAGGUUUUUCUCUUCCUCAUCUCACGCGUCGUCUGGACAUCGCCGGACGAGACAUCACACGCUACCUCAUCAAGCUGCUGUUGUUGCGAGGUUACGCCUUCAACCACUCGGCGGACUUCGAGACGGUGAGGAUGAUGAAGGAGAAGCUGUGCUACGUGGGCUAUAACAUCGAGCAGGAGCAGAAGCUCGCUCUGGAGACCACCGUGCUGGUGGAGUCCUACACGCUGCCGGACGGUAGGGUGAUUAAAGUGGGCGGCGAGCGCUUCGAGGCUCCGGAGGCUCUGUUCCAGCCUCACCUCAUUAACGUGGAGGGAGUGGGUGUAGCUGAGCUGCUCUUCAACACCAUCCAGGCCGCCGACAUCGAUACCAGGGCUGAGUUUUACAAGCACAUUGUCUUGUCGGGCGGCUCUACGAUGUAUCCUGGUCUGCCGUCUCGUCUGGAGCGGGAGCUCAAGCAGCUCUACCUGGAGAGAGUGCUGAAGGGAGACGUCGACAAGCUCUCGAAGUUUAAGAUCCGCAUCGAGGAUCCUCCACGCCGUAAACACAUGGUGUUUUUGGGCGGAGCGGUGCUAGCCGACAUCAUGAAGGACAAAGACAACUUCUGGAUGACCAGAGAAGAGUACCAGGAGAAGGGCACACGUGUUCUGGAGAAGCUGGGUGUCACCGUUAGAUAAAUCACACACACACACAUAUAUAUAUAUAUAUACACACACACACACACGCAUACACGCACAUACACACUCCCAGUCACAGGGUGGCAUUUUGGCAGCGUAAACACACAGAGGUCUUCUUCAGUUUAUGAGGAUGUACUUGAGAACAACGGUAUUCAAAUACUUGAACUUCUUUGCAAUCCAAAAAAAAAAAAAAGUGCUUAAUGUUUGUACGACAUUCCAAAUGUAAAGAUUCAUAUCACCGCCGCACAGACAAGAAUUGAAUGAGAUCGAGUGAUUCGCUCACGAAACGACUCGUUUAUGCUGCCAAAAUUAAUCCUCAAACGAUCCCUCGCGUACCAUCAUAUCAUGGCCUGUUUGUUUCGAGUCCCGUCCGUCUCAUGACUUUACAUUGACCCUAAAAAGAGAGCGAGUGGAGGGACAAAACAACAAAAAGAUGUAUUUUUAAGAAAAAAAAAACAACCUCUUUGGUAAUAAACUUGUUUUUGUAGUAAGAAUAAAAACCGCCAAUUUGUUAAUAAAAAAAUUAAAAAAAAUGAAGAAUAUAAUCGUGGCCAAUAGUAUCAAAUACAAAGACGUGCUUCUAAAGGCAGACUGCUUUUGCUGCGACGUCUACCUUUUCUUUAACUUCCUGUGAUGUCUUUCUCGGUCUUUAAUCUCAGCAUCUGCGCACUCCAUUAUUGGAUGCCCUGAAAAUAGAGAGAGGGAAAAAAAAAUGCAGUAGCGACUGGAAAUAGCGUUUAACAGAACAUCUUAAAAGCUUGUUUUUGUCAAAUAAAGUCGCCGAGGAUGCUUUGAAUGCACUGGUGAUCAGUCUCAACGUCUCAUUUUAGUCGUGAGAAUUGGUAUUGGGAAGUCUUUACGCGCAGACUCUCUGUUCACGUCAUCCCACCGUCACUUUAAGGGACCUUCAUUAGAAAAAAAAGAAUAACAUCAGAUUGCAUUUGAAAGGGAAGUGAUAGCGUUGUGCCGCAUGUUUAGUGUUUAGCCUCGUUCACGCACCUCCGGCUGAAAUACGUGUGCUCACUUUUCACUCAAAUCCAAGCUUUCUUUAAAGAAAAGCGCACUUUUUUGUAUCGUGACAUCAUUUUCGUGACAUUUCGGCGCUGUUGUUUCUAAAUUCUCAUUACCGUAACGCUUACAAAAAAUUGCAUUAUCAUAAUGCGAGAAAGUUGCUCGUUUUUAUUUCCACGAUGCAAAAAAGAAACCUUUUCAUCGCCGUGAUGCGAAAAAGCAUUAUUAAAGUAAUGCUUUUUUUUUUUUUUAAGUUGUGCAGUAGCUUUGUUGUACCGUCUUUUAUGCAGAUUUCAAUUUAAAGGUAAAUAAUUGGAGUUGAAUACUUGUACCGUAAUACUCUGAAUGCAACAGUAAUGAGAACGCAGUUAGUUUUACAGGACUGUAGGAUGAUGGGAAGUGAAAAGAGCGGGUGCGUUGUGGUAAUGACAAUAUUGAGAAUGAAUGUUUGUUUAAUGUUAUAAAGUAACGUCUCGAUGCGGAAAGCUUUAUGAAACUAAAAGAGGAUGAUCAGACGUAACUCUGAUUGCUUUCCUUUUUGAUUUUGGUGAUUUUGGUGACAUGCACGUGCGGAGAAGUGGCUAUAAAACGUUUAGCCGUUGCCCGCGUGCAUCCGUGAGGCUCCACUCCAUCGCAACAACCCUUUUCGUCAGCUCAUUUAUUUAGCGCAGUGGCGUUCGCGUCCCACGUUUUUUUAUGGUUUCGCGUUCAUGUUUUUUCUUUGCUGUUGGUUGUCAUUUUAUUUUGGUGUCCUAGCCGAGCUGCAUCUAAUGGUCUGGGAACGAAGGGCCUCGCUGACGCCCGACGGGCGUUUCAGGGUCAGGCGCUUCAUUCCCAGACCGUAGGCACCCGUGAUGUAACGGUUUACUGCCUGUUUGUAAUAUGAAUGACAUGAUAAUGAUGGCAUUGUUAACGAUGCUAAUAAUUUUAGUGUUUGUACUCGUGACAGCCGUUUGGAUGCUGGAUCAGUGAUGUGUCUGUGUUUGUACACACUCGCACAUGGAACAAACUAUAUAUCGACUCCAUUGAUUUCACUCACGCAUUCUUCCAGUGCCAAGUUUGGGUAUUGUAGUCAUUUUGGUUUGUUUGUUUGUUUGUUUGUUUGUUUUUCUGCUUUUUGGUUUUUGUUUUGUUCGUAGAGUACUGCCAGACCACUGAUUUAAAUAAAGGAAAUUGAUUUAUAA